UUUAGUAUCUUGCUAUAUUUUUAUUAUUUACGUUUCUCAAUAAGACAGUAUCCAAAUGUACUCAUAGACAACCGCCCAAAUUGGGGAAAUGAGACACUGUCGAGUUUUAUUGUAUGAGUUUCUAUUUCAAAUGUACAAAAGAUCGCCAACUGUAUAAUGUAAUUGUUACAGCUCAGAUGGUACUAAACUGAUCAUGGGAACAGUUAUUUUUCUUUUGGUGGCUUCAGAUUCUCGGCUUGAUUGUAUUUUGAUUGAUACAGAAUUGUUGAAUAUGGAAGAGCUUAAACCAAGCAGAAAGCAAAGCAAUCACAAACGGCACUUGCUUUACACCUUUCGUGCUGACGCUCAACUGUGUCCUGUCUAUUCAACAAUUAGUACACAUCUCAAUUACCUGCUGGCGUCGCAGUGCAUUUCUACGAGGCAGCUUUCCUACCCCCGGCUUAGUGUCAAGUUCAAUAUUCUUUACAUUACACCUCCUUAAGUUCCUGACAUUCCCCCUCUUUUCUGAAAUCAGGCUAUGGGCUGCUACAGAGCAUCCCUGCAAUUUCAAG